UUAAAUAUCUAACAAUGCCAUCAAUUGGAACAAAACCAGCUCCACCACCAAAACCAGAAACUUUAACUGGUGCAGAUGAUGAUUGGGAAACAGACCCAACCUUCAUAAAUGAUUUAAGUGAGAAGGAGAGUCGUUGGGGAUCAAAAACUGUGGAAGGCUCGGGUCAUCAAGAUUCUAUAAAGUUGGAUAUGUUGAGGAACGAAGUCCUUGAAAAUGAUGAGAAAAAUAAGCAAAAGAAAUUGGAACUUAUGCCAAAACCAAGUCAAGGAUAUGGAGGAAAGUUUGGCGUGGAGACUGACAGAAUUGAUAAGUGUGCCGCCGGUUUCGAUUACAAAGGAAAAGUAGAACCGCAUCCAUCGCAGAAGGAUUAUUCACGUGGUUUUGGAGGUACAUUUGGUGUUGAAGCAGACCGAGUUGAUAAAUCUGCUCUUGGUUGGGAUAGUCGUGAACAGUUGCAGCAACAUGAAAGCCAGAAAGACUACAAAAAGGGGUUUGGUGGACAAUUUGGCGUUCAGUCUGAUCGAAAGGACAAGUCAGCUGCCGGUUGGGAAGAUCAUGAGCAAUUACAGAAGCAUGAAAGUCAAAAAGACUACAAAAAGGGGUUUGGUGGUCAGUUUGGUCUGCAACAAGAUCGUCAGGAUAAAUCUGCCCUGGGUUGGGAACAUCGUGAACAAACCGCAAAGCACGUGAGCCAGACAGAUUAUAAAGCAGGAUUUGGAGGGAAAUUUGGAGUACAAACUGAUAGAAAAGAUGCCUCAGCGGCUGGUUGGGAAGAGCACGGUCAAUUAUCUAAACAUGAAAGUCAAACAGACUACAAAAAGGGUUUUGGUGGCCAAUUUGGAGUUCAAACCGAUCGGAAAGAUAAAUCAGCUGCUGGUUGGGAAGAACAUGAAAAGGUGCCUAAACAUGAAAGUCAAACAGAUUACAAGAAGGGCUUUGGGGCUAUAUCUAAUGAUAAAAUAAAUACUCAAAAUGAUGAAACGCAACAAACAGGUUUGCAUAUUUCUCCAUUUCAAUUUUCUUCUUUAGUUCCACGUCUUGGCAAUUUACGCUCAAAAUUUGAAAAUCUAGCCUUACAAAAUAAAAAUCAGGUACGCGAGGAGAGAGAAAAACGUAAGCGAGAGGAUGAGGAAUUGCGUAAAAAACAAGCUGAAGAUGAACAAAAACGUCAAGAGAAAUUGGAGAAGCAAUGGGCCGACACAGAAGGAAAAGAGCAAGUAAUUGAGGAAUUACCUAAAAAAACAGUACAGCAACAUAAUAAAUUGCAUACUUCAAUUGGUGUUCGACUUCCUUAUGGUCAUGUAGACACUACAACACCUUUAAAAGAUGAGCCUACUGAGCAACCACCAACUGAACAACCACUACCUGAAGAUCAGCCUGUUUUGCCUACUGCAAUUCAUGGGGCAUCUGCUACAGCCCACGCAUUGCUUUCUGAAUCACAUAAAAGAAAAUCUACAAAUUUAGAUAAUGAAAAAGAGAAAGAACAUCAGAAUGUGGUUCAAGAGAAUCUGCCUGAAGUCGAUAUAACACCUGUUGAACAUUCUCCACCUGUUAAUCAUCAAUAUGAAUUGCCGCCAAAUUUGGAAGAAAAUGAACCAAUUCAAGAAACAAAUAAUACAUCUCAACAAUAUUUGGAACAGAAUCCUCCAACAGAUCCUACCCCAACUAGAGGAUUGACUGCUAAAGCUAUUUAUGAAUAUGAUAAACAAGAUGAUGAUGAAAUUGGUUUUGAUAUAAACGAUUUGAUUACGGACAUUGAGCAAAUUGAUGUUGGUUGGUGGCGAGGAUGGUGUAAAGGACAACAUGGAUUAUUUCCAGCUAAUUAUGUUGAAUUAGUCAAUCGUUGA